CCAGCCCUCUCCAGGGACCCUUUUGUUCAGCUCUCAGACAUAAGCACCUUCUCGCUAGCCAAGUGCUCCAGUGGCAACUUCCCCGCCUUGGCAAAGGAGACAGACCCGGGAGAGCCAGCCCCGACCUGCAGCCAUGUCCCGAUCCUUCUAUGUCGACUCUUUAAUCAUCAAAGACUCCUCGAGGCCAGCUCCUUCCCUGCCUGAGCAUCCCCACGGACAGGAUUUCCUCAUCCCCCUCAGCAUGCCUUCCCCCCUGGUCAUGUCGGUGUCCGGCCCCGGCUGCCCGUCCCGCAAGAGCGGCACCUUCUGCGUGUGCCCGCUCUGUGUCACUUCGCACUUGCACUCGUCCCGGGGGGGCGGCAGCGGGGCCAUCCCCCUGCUCAAGAGCCAGUUCCCUCCCGGGGGAGAUGCCCAGUACUGCCCCCGGAUGAGCCAUGCCCAGCACCAGCAGCCGCACCAGCAGCAGCAGAGCUCGGUAGCAGCCGCCGCCGCCCUGGGCCAUCCGGCGCACCACGCACCUGUCUGCAGCGCCACCACCUACAGCGUGAGCGACCCCCGGCGAUUCCACUGCCUCGGCAUGGGAGGCUCUGAGACGAGCCACAUUCAGAACGGCAAGAGGAUGAGGACUGCCUUCACCAGCACGCAGCUUCUGGAGCUGGAGAGGGAGUUUUCUUCCAACAUGUAUCUGUCCCGCCUGAGGAGAAUCGAGAUCGCGACCUACCUGAACCUGUCGGAGAAGCAAGUGAAAAUCUGGUUCCAGAAUCGAAGGGUGAAACACAAGAAAGAAGGCAAAGGAACCCAGCGAAACCCCCACGGAGGCUGCAAGUGCACGGGCAACCCGGGCCAUUACCCCAGGUCAGAAGACGAAGAGUCUUUAUCCCCCUCCUCGGCGAACGAGGACAAAGAGAUCUCCCCUUUAUAAAGCGCUCAGCAAACCCUCGCCAAGCUGGGACGCCUUCCAGCCUCUGAACUAACUGCUCCUACUAGAAGGUUGCAAGUCUGAACUAAACAGGGAAGCCUAUGUGACUGCAACGGGGUACACCUGACCCAGCUGUGACCAGGCUAAGGCACAAAGGAAACAGCUCUUGCUGGCUUUCUCGGCCGAUCCGGUUUAUCUGAAUGGAUCCAGUCCUAGCUAUUUCGAAUGUCCAGGCUUUAGGGGGGAGCGUUCAACUAAAACCUUAUUUAUAGAACACAUGGAGCGAUUCUGAACUUAACAAAAAGUUAGCGUGGUCCUGGAUUUCCCAUAGGCAUGGCAGGUUGCCUCCCCUCACUACAGGUGAAGAAAAUCCCAUUUCAUGACUUUGCUGAAAAGUUGUGACGUUGAGAAGAAGUUAGCGAAUGAAAAGGAAAAAAAGUAGGUCUAACAGCAUGAGAAUCUUCUGUACAGUUUUACACAUUGCAAACCGUUCGGACGUGCGUUUGUAUGUGAAUAGUUUUAUAUAAGAUUUAUAUUUAUAUUUAUUUAAAUGAGGUCAGACAAGAAUUUUAAUUUUUUAAGUGCCAGCGUAGUUCAAACAAUAAUGGUGUAAUUAAUUAAUGGGGCAAAAUGGUGUUUUUUAAAAAUGCUUUGUACACUAAUUGAAUUUCCUGUUUCAGAAGUAUCUACAUCAAUCCAAAUAAAUGCCAUCAGCUACUAACCUGAAUAACUAUGUUUCCUGUCACACCGGGUUUUAAAAAGUCGCACCUAGUUCAGCAUAACUUUGCAAAAGAAGCAAGGUCCCAAAGCCUGGCACUGUAAAUAGUUUCUCCUUACUUUUGAGCAGUGGGCAAUGCCUGGUCUGAGAGCCUGUGACAGCGUGUGGUACCCACCAUGCAGCUGAGCAGUGCUUCUGAAGCUGGUUACUGGUGGUGCUACUGAAAGUGGAGCAACACAAUCCCCAGCCAUGGGAGUGAGGGGAGGGGGCUCCCUGGAGGGCCCAAUCCUGCAGGCACUACAGUCAGUGGCAGAGUAGCCAUGAACCCCAAGAGCUUGCUCUAGCAUCUCCUGAGCAUGGCAGAGCCCCAGGAGGAGUAUGGAGCCCGCAGGCGUGGCCCCUUGCUGUAUUAGGAAAGCUUUGUGCCAGAGCAGGGCUGAGUGACUCCAACCGUAGGUGUGUACAGCCUAAAGCUUGUCCAAAAAGACAAAGGACUGGAGGGUGAAUUACAGCCCAGGGGUGUGGUGUGAUGCAGUGUGCUCUGUCCUGCAGGUGACUUUGCCUGAGUCAAAUCCAUUAACCUCAGGCAUCAGCUGGAGCUAAGCUGUGGAAUUUGGCCCACUAAGUGUAGGUAGGUGACAGCAGCACAGUACCAUCCAGGACAGAUUUUGCCCAAGAUUCCUAAAUGGACCCUUCAAGGAUUGAUGGCACAGUCCUGGGUUUAGCAGGCAAGUGCUCAACCCACUGAGCUAUCCUAGUUCUAGCCCAGUUGUACAGCUGGACUGCAGAGAGUGAAGGCUGGAGGGCAGAUGGUGGGAGUUUUGCCACAGAUUUCAAUGGGACAAAGCUCUUCAGUCUCUCCUUAGUGAGUAUUCCUCAUAGCAGGAUGGAUUGCCAUUCAUGAGCCUGCCACCCUUUCCAAAGGCUGGAACAUCUUUGGGUUACACCUCCCGCAGCGAUCCUUCAUGUGACUGUGCCAGCUUUUUGCCUAGGAUUAGAUAGGCCUAUUUUACCUCCUGAAUUCUUUUCUAACACCAUUUUUUUGCCCUUUGUUACAAUCUCUUGCUAUUUUCUCCUUCUCUUGAGAGAGAUUUCCAACCACAGCCUCUAUCUGAUAUAAAAAACCAUUAGAAAAAUGUAUCUCCUACACACUUUAUUUUUUAUAUAUCCUUUCUCUCUAACAAAACCCUGGCAUCUGGGCUAAGAUGUUGGUCCCUUCUUUCAAGUGCCUGUCACACUUUUAAUCACAGGAUGGAUAAUGAGGUUCCCAAUGGUUUGCACAGCAAAAGCCAAUAACCUAGGCACACUGUACAUUAGCAGUGCAUGUCCUGGUGCAUGAAAGCAAAUGCAGUUCUGAACAACGAGGUUUGAUAGAUUUCAUGCAAAACACAAGUACAAAUAGUGUUACUCAGAAAAUGCCCUCUGAUAGAAGGGUAAUUAGAAAUACAUUAGUUAUGGGUUGAUAGUGCAUGGUUAUUAAUAUUGUGCUUUAUUAUUUGGGCAGGGCCUGAUUUAGCACUCCCAACUCUCACUGAAAUCGAUGCACUUGGCUCCUCUUACAUUUUCUCCAGCAAGAAUCAAGAGUAACUGCAUUGCAGUCAAUGAAGUUACACUGGGGUGAAGGUGAUGUGAGAGGAGAAUCAGAUCAACAAGCUAGAUAACCCACAGGUUCAGGGACAUAGGACCUGAUUCAUCACUACCUAACACCAGUUUCAUACCGCUGUGACUCCCCUGAAGUACUGAAUCAGGCCCUCAAUGCAGACAAUGUACAAUACACAAAGAUUAGGACAAGCUCUUCCCCCAAAGGCUUCUAGAAAUAGUUAUAGCCUACCAGAGAAAGCUGAGAUUACAUGAUCCUGUGGCUGAAAGGUGAAGCUAGAUAAAUUCAGACUGGAAAUGAGGCAUACAUUUUGAACAGUGAAAGCCACUGGAAUGAUUUACAAAGUUGGUACUGGAUUCUCUAUCACUAGCUAUUUUCAAAUCAAGUCUGGAUGUUUUCCUAAAAGAUCUGCCCUUGGAAGUAUUGUGGGGAAGUUCUAUGGCCUGUGCUAUACAGUAGAUCAAACUCAAUCACAGCAGUUCCUUUCAGCCUGACAAUCUGUGAAUCAGGGUGGUUAAACCCUGGAAUAAAUUGCCUAGGGAGGUUGUGGAAUUUCCAUCAC